CAACGGGCGGGCGGACGGUUCCGGGUGUGCGCGAGGCUGACGGCGUCGGCGGGAUGACUCUACUCCAGAAUUUCUUUUUGAAUGGAAGCAUGCUCUUUUCCAGUAGAAGAUGUUGAUCCUAAUGUAUGAUCAUGGAGAAGGGGAUAAGCUCCGUAGAAGUGUUACCUUCCAAAUCAUCUCAGGUUACAGCUGUAAAAGUGGUGGUCAAAGAGCCCGAAACAAAGCAGACCCAAAGAGGGAAACGAGUGGGAUUUGUGCUUGUUCAUGCAGGUGCAGGUUAUCAUUCUGAAUCCAAAGCUAAAGAAUACAAGCAUGUGUGCAAAAGGGCCUGCCAGAAGGCUAUCGAAAAGCUACAGGCUGGUGCUCUUGCAACAGAUGCAGUGACUGCAGCACUUAUAGAACUGGAGGAUUCUCCUUUUACAAAUGCAGGAAUGGGUUCUAACUUAAACCUUCUGGGUGAGAUAGAAUGCGAUGCCAGCAUAAUGGAUGGGAAGUCACUGAAUUUUGGAGCAGUUGGCGCACUGAGCGGAAUCAAGAAUCCAGUUUCAGUUGCAAAUAGAUUGUUGUGUGAAGGGCAGAAAGGAAAACUCUCUGCUGGCAGAAUUCCACCUUGCUUUUUAGUUGGUGAAGGAGCUUUCAGAUGGGCAGUUGAUCACGGGAUACCAGCAUGUCCUCCAGGUAUCAUGGCUACAAGGUUUAGUUUAGCAGCUUUUAAGAGGAACAAGAGGAAGCUGGAGUUGGCUGAAAAGGUAGAAACUGAUCUUAUUCAACUAAAGAAGAGAAGACAAUCAAAUGAAAAGGGCUCCAGAGUCAUGUGCAGAACGUGUGGGAGACCCUCAAAGGCCAAUGAUGGUAGUAGAGGAGGUGAUCAAAUAGAGCUCUACUCAUUGGAGAAUGACUCAGGAACAUUGGAUACAGUCGGUGCAGUUGUUGUUGACCAAGAAGGAAAUGUUGCUGCUGCUGUCUCCAGUGGAGGUUUAGCACUAAAGCAUCCUGGAAGAGUUGGUCAGGCAGCUCUUUAUGGGUGUGGCUGCUGGGCUGAAAAUACAGGAGCUCAUACACCUUACUCCACUGCUGUGAGUACUUCAGGUUGUGGAGAGCACCUUGUCCGAACCAUACUGGCCAGAGAAUGUUCAUGUGCUUUGCAAACAGAAGAUGCCCACCAAGCUCUCCUAGAGACUAUGCAAAACAAGUUUAUUGGUUCACCUUUCCUUGCCAGUGAAGAUGGUGUACUUGGAGGUGUGAUAGUUCUUCGGUCUUGCAGGUGUUCAGCAGAACCUGAAUUAUCACAGGAGAAGCCAACUUUACUAGUGGAAUUUCUGUGGAGCCAUACAACAGAGAGCAUGUGUGUAGGAUACAUGUCUGCACAGGAUGGCAAAGCUAAGAAAUGGUGUAACUGCUGGCUGGAGCAUUGGGAACAGAUGUCUGACUUGAGGAGUGAAAGACUCACAUUUCAAGACUUCCUCCUGGAGCGGUGGCAGGACAGUCCGUAGCAAUAGAAGGAGGAGUUUGCCGACUGGAGAGCCCAGAAAGCUGAACAGCUGAUUCCUCACUUCAUUGCAAAGAAUGUGAAUGACGUUUUCUACAAUAAGUUUUUUUUGUAUGUCUUAACAAAUGUUGGAAAUUCUACCCUUGCUUUAUACACCAUAUUGCCACCAUGUGCUCCAUAACUUGAGACAAGUGCUGCUGUAGUUUAUGUUCUCACUCUGUGAAUGGGAGUGUGUGCAUGUUCACUUUUUCCCUGAUAAAAUAGGACCUCUUCCCAGUUGUACAAAGAUUAUAUAUGAUUAGCGAUUACGUUCUCAUUGUUUUAUGUUUGAGAAAUAUCUGAAAGUUAAAACAAAAUAAUAAUUUAAAUAUGUGGUCACAAUUGUCAUUCAUGUUCUAAAUUUAAAAGGAACAGGCCUUUGAAGUGGAUGUAUAAGUAUGCAAAAACGAUUAUGGUUUCAAAGUUUCUCAGUGGUUUAAGGAAAUCCAGUGGUGGUUUAAACAUGGAUUGCUUUUUUUCCUCCCCAAUAAGGAGGAAUUUUUUUUGUCAAAGAAUGGUUUCAGUGAAACAAACUAGAGCAAAAUUAAGGCUAGAAUUGUUCUAAAUAAUCUUAUAAGUCAUAUCUCUGUUUCCAAACUAAGAUGUUAAUAGCUUCAAGCUGUAUCUAUUACAAAAUGCUAUAUGAAGAUAAUGUAUCGUAAUAAUGCAGUCUUUAUGUAUAAUGGAAUAUUACAAUGUAAAUAAGAAAACAAAGUUUAUGGAAAGAUUCAAUAUUAUUCUUUGCUUCUGUUUUAAAUCUAUUUUUAAGAGAGGUACAGAAAUGAGCAUAUUACUGGAUGCAAAGUGCAAUGUGUAUUGAAUGGAUGCUGGGAAUUCUGAUACUAGCUUUCUUACAGAUAAAGCAACUUCCUAAAGUCCAGCCACAGCAUGGGUAUUUAUGUAACUGUGUGUAAUAUAUAUGUACUGUGCAUAAAUUUACUGUAAUUUUUUACACCUUCAACAAAACUGCAGUAUGAAACAGUGUAAAGCUUGUCUGCCUUGUGAAGCGUUGGCAGCUGAACUGUCUUUUGUCACCAGUUCUGAUAUGUUAGCCAGAUCGCCCGUGUCCUAAAAGUGACUUCUCACAUACAAUCUUCCACUCAGUACUUCUUUCUUUACAGCACUGGCAGCAAUAGAAGACUUUUGUAAUUAAUUCAUUGUCAUGAUAAGUAUGCCAAAGAAAAAUUAAAUUAGUUCAUCUUUUUCCCUGGUGGAUAUUUGAUAAUUCUGUUUUCAGAAAUAGUGGAUGAAUAGGUAUUCAGACUGUAUUUGCUUAAUUGGGCAUUGUACUAUCCUCUUUUGUAAUGUUGUGCCUGCCUAUAACAGACCUACUCGACUGCUGAUUAAAUGGUUGCAUUGAUUGUAGUACCAAUGUUUCAUGGAUAAAAAUCUUAAUACAUUAUUUUAGUAGCCUGAA